AUGGAGCUGAUACUAAACAGCCUCAUUUCUGAUGAUUUAACAGAGGAACAAAAACGGUUAAGUCUUGAUUUCCUACAGGAUAUCCUACAAUCUAACACGAAAGACUAUGAAAGUUAUUUUUCAUCUAGGGCUGUUCCUGGUAGCAUAACUGAAGACAUAGCAGAAAUUGAUGCUGAAUUAUCUGCCCUUGAUAGAAAGAUAAGGAAAACACUACUAGAUAAUACGUCUCAGAUUAUCGGAAAUAUUCUUGAAAACGAUGAUAGGGCUCAAUUGGAUGAUAUAGCCAAGUCUUUGGAGCAAUUAUGGGAAUUGGAUACUAAUAUUAAUAAGGCAGCCGAUCGAAACGUUACAAAUGACGAUAUAAACAAUGAAAGCGUUUCUAUUGAUGACUUUUUGGAAGACGAUAAAGAAGACAACGACACAGGUCGCAUCAUGACGACUGAGAGUAACAAUCUGGCAAGAAAGAAGAAGGAGGAUGAGUUUCACAAGGCAUUAAGUAGGUUAAGAAACAGAAUUUCAACUAAAGAAGAUGACAAGGACGACAUUAGAUCUGACACAUUAGUCACUGUACUAGAAAAUUUGGAUAGCAUUACGGAUUUGAUGGAACUACCAUUUUUGGCCCGCACAUGUAUCAGAACAGGUCAUUACCAGGAGGCCGUCAUGCUAUACACACACACUACUUCCCUGAGGUCAAGAUUCCCUGGUUCAACCAUUGUGGAUGAAGUUUGCGAAAAAGUUUUAAACGAAAUUAGUACUACCAUGUUAUCCGGGCUGGUAAAAUUACUGUCUACUAAUGUAUCAGUAAACUCACUAAAGAAAAUACUACAGUACUUGAAUUCAAUUCCACCAUUUGAUGGAAAGACUAAUAAAUCAUUAUUAAGUGUGUUUUUAGCCAUGAGAUACAAAUUCAUUACCGAUGAAAUAGCAUCAUAUCCUUUGGACGUUGAGUCUUCUAAUGAAUCUUUAAUUGAAAUGAUGGUUAAGAGGAAAAUUGAAGUCCUCAGGGAACAUGUCUACAUGUCCUUGAAUGUCUUUCUGAAAAGCUUCUUGUAUGAUACAAAUGACUUAGAGAUUCCUUUCCCAGAGGAACUAGAAAGUACUGUGCUAAGGAUAAAUGGGACUAACGAAGAGAAAGAAAUUGAAGAAAAGGAGAAAGAAACAAAGAAGGAAGAAUAUCAAAAACAAGAUAGCGUAGCGAACAAUGAAGAAGAUGUGACAGAAAAUAAAUCGAUAGAAGAUGUACAAGAGGAAGUACAAGGCAAAGUGGAAGGCGAAGAUGAUGGAGCAGAAAGGAAAACAGAAAAUGAGAUAGAAAAUGAAACAGUAAACAAAACAGAAGACAAGGCUGAAAAAGAAAAAGAGGAAGAAGUAAAUACCAAAGAUAACAAGGCAGAAAAAGAGGAAGAAGAAAUUAAUAAGGUUGAGGUGACCCCAGAAGAGCCAAGCAAAAGCAUAGAUAACAAGGCAGAAAAAGAAGAAGAAGAAAUUAAUAAGGUUGAAGUGACCCCAGAGGAGCCAAGCAAAAAGAUUCGGACUUCAAAAAGGGAAAACAAAAUACCUACAAAUGCAGUCAUGUUGCAAUUCGUUGAUAAGUGCAUAACAUACGUAUUAAAAGACCUCACUCGUGGGUUAAAUAGCAUCAAGCUGAGUGACUCCGUUUGCCUGCAGUUGGUGUACUGUUCAUUCCGUCUUUGCGACCUGAAUCGAAACUACCACCACCUCUUCCUAAAAAAAAUCAAUGACACUAGCUUGUUUACGACCGAGCAGCUCGCCCGGGCAAUUGACAAGAGAGCAGAACUGGCCUCUAAAUAUAUAUACUCCUAG